AUGGCAGCAACCGAGAAGCGCCCCGAGAUCAUCGAGCUCGCACGGGGACUCAAAGAUGUCCCCAUGUGCGAGGAAUACGAGCUCAUGAUCUCCGGUAUGAUGUACAACCCGCUUGUGCCCAAGCUGCUCGAGGCGCGGCAUCGGUGCCGCGGGCUGACUGCCGACUACAACGAUCUCGACACCAAGACCGUGUCCUCCGACGAGAUCUCCGAGAAGCGACUCGAGCUGCUGCGUCGCUUGGUCGGCAAGGUGGGCGACGGAACCUUCAUCGAGCCCCCGUUCCGGCCUGAUUACGGCUGCAACAUCAUCAUCGGCAAGGAUUGUUUCAUGAACUGGGGCGUCACCGUCCUGGAUACCAGCCUCGUUGUCAUCGGCGACCGGGUCCAGAUUGGAACCAACGUCAGCAUCAUCACCGCCGGCCAUGACACGAGUAUCCUGUCGCGACGGAAGUUUGUGGAAUUCGGUCAUCCCAUCUUCAUUGAGGAUGACUGCUGGAUUGGUGCGAAUGUGGUGAUUCUGCCGGGCGUUAGGAUCGGGCAGGGCUCGACCAUCGGCGCUGGGUCCAUUGUCACCAAGGAUAUCCCGCCAUUUUCUGUGGCGAUGGGGAGUCCCUGUCGGGUUAAGAGGACGAUUCCUUCUGCAGAGGAGGAGGAGAAGGAUGAGACGAAUCCGUACCGGAAUCUGGUGCGUCAGUUUUGA